AUGGCGCUAGAUUCACGAUUUUACCACCACAUCGGCCAUCCGGGCCCAGGCUCGAUAUCUUCGGCCGCUUCAUCCGACAUAUCAGCCGCGACGGGAAUCACAUCUCCUAGCAUUGUCUCCACCUCCGCUUCCGCCGCUAUCCUCCGAUCCUCAGCUUCAAGUCCAUCCUUCCGCGCGCGGGAAGGCCUCGGGAUAUCCGGUAUCAGAGAUGGGAUGGCGAGUCCAACACCGGCAGGCAAUGUGCGCGUCGUGGUGCGAGUGCGCAAGUUCUUACCGCGAGAACUCGAGCGCAAGGCCCAAUGUCUAAUUUCGAUGGACCCGCACACGCAAAUGACCUGUCUUAAAGCGCCGACACCGGAUCAGGCAGAUCAAGGAAAGCCCAAGUCGCAGGCUCGCGGCAGGAUCUUGGAAGAUAAAUCGUUUACGUUCGAUAACUCAUUCUGGUCUCAUAACGAGGAGGACAAACAUUAUGCACAUCAGGAAGAUGUGUACAACUCUCUCGGCGAGGAGUUUCUGGAUCACAAUUUUGAAGGUUAUCACACCUGUAUUUUCGCAUACGGACAGACGGGUUCAGGAAAGAGUUACACCAUGAUGGGAACACCGGAAAGGCCGGGCUUGAUUCCUCGAACGUGUGAGGAUUUGUUUCAGCGCAUUGAAAGCUCGCCCUCUCCUGAUAUCAGCUAUAACGUGCGAGUGUCCUAUUUCGAAGUAUACAACGAGCAUGUUCGCGAUCUCUUGGUCCCGCGGACGGAUCCCCCGCAUUAUCUUCGUAUUCGUGAAUCACCGUCAGAGGGUCCAUACGUCAAGGACUUGACCGAGGUCACCGCGAGGAACUACACCGAAUUGAUGAAGUUCAUGCGAAAGGGCGAUGUCUCCCGAACUGUGGCUAGCACAAAGAUGAACGACACCUCAUCCCGUUCUCACUCAGUCUUUACUAUCACUCUCAAACAGAUUCACCACGACUUGUCAACAGAUGAAACCACCGAGCGCACGGCGCGCAUCCGUUUAGUUGAUCUGGCAGGUUCCGAGCGUGCCAAAUCCACCGAGGCGACUGGCGCCCGACUUCGCGAGGGCGCAAAUAUCAAUAAGUCUCUGACAACGUUAGGACGUGUUAUUGCGGCUCUUGCAGAUCCUAAGAAAAUUCGUGGCCCACGCAAGGGCAAGGAACUGGUACCCUAUCGCGACUCCAUCCUCACAUGGUUAUUGAAGGACAGCCUAGGUGGCAACUCGAAAACUGCGAUGAUUGCAUGCAUCGCUCCUGCAGACUACGAAGAAACACUCUCCACUCUUCGCUAUGCGGACCAAGCUAAGAACAUUCGAACUCGGGCACGGGUCAAUGAAGACCAAAUGUCGGCGGCUGAGCGUGACCGGCAGAUUGCGGAGAUGACGGAGACAAUUCGCACCCUUCAACUCAGCGUGAGCCAAGCGGCACUCCAUCAGCGGGCCAAUGAAGCCUCCGAUGAAAGGCUAGAGGAAUACCAGCAAAAAGUGGAGAAAAUGCAACGACUCAUGGAGGAGAACAAGAUGGUCAGCGAGUGCAAGAUUCGACAACUACAGACAGAGAACGACGCCUUGCGCAUGCAUCUGAAGCUGGCGGUUGAAAGUCUCAAAAACCCAAUCCCGGCUAUUACCUUUGAGCAGCGAAACCCUAGCAUCGUCUCCAUAGGCGAUGAGAGUCAAGCGCCCAGUCAUUUUUCAGCGGAUCGUGAGAGCUCCCCUAUGGUAUCAGAUGCCGAAUCGGAUGUGGAUGUUUGGGAGGAUGAUGAGACUAUCGCCGAUGAUCUCACCGAGCAAGAAGCCCAACGAAUGCAAAACCAUAUGCAUGAUCUUCUUGGAGACUUGAGUGUCUUCAAACGGAAAUUAGCCACGGACCAUGAACGGUUCCGCCCCAUCGAGGAGCAGGGGACUCGCAAGCGGCGCGCUCUGGGGUCCAUUAGCAGCAACCGUUAA